GUGGAAUAGGUGACAUUUCGGAUCGGAACCCUUCUUCAGUGUUCCUCCUUCCUUACAAAAUAAAGGCAAGGUAGAAAGAUAAACUUUGAGACACAAGCAACUGCAGAUGCUGGUUUGCAAGAGAGAGAAAAACAAAGUGCUGGAGUAACUCAGAUUGCAAAUAUACACUUCAUGUGGAAACGGUGAUAUUUAGAAAGAAGAUAAGGCCAUUCUUUGCUGAAAACUCUGUUUGCUUUGUGUUGCGGGCCGGGUACAGAUCAAUAAAUAACAAGAAUAAAGACCCGGUGGUUUGCCGGAGGCGGGUCAAGGCACCUUCACGUCAGUUAUAUAGUGAGGCCGGCGUUCGACUGCGGGCACAAUGCGGGAACACUCUACACACGCCGCUCUUUCAUUGUAAUUAGCAGGGGCAAGCCAGCUCGCCAGCCACUUGCCCAAACCCGAGCCGCCGGAGGAUCAUUGCCACCACUCUCCGCCCUCAACACCCGCUUCCCUGCUGGAACCGAACCCAUCUAUGCAACGGCGGCGAGCUUGCUCCAUGGUUUGAGCCGGGUCUGUAUGGAAGUACUCAGAGCAAGGUCCGCGGAAGACACGUGCACUUUCCGUCAAUCAGCAAUGCUUUUCCACGGCAUCUCUGGGGGCGAGAUCCAGGGGAUUAUGGAGGAGAUGGAACGGAGGUCCAAGACGGAUGGGCGUAUCGCGAAAGGGGUUCAGAUGAACGGAAGGGAAACGGCGAUGCCUUCUAUUAAUUCUGAUAAACCCGCCCUGUGCGCCGGCUGCGGCGGUAAAAUCGCCGACCGCUAUUACUUACUGGCAGUGGACAAACAGUGGCACCUCAGAUGUCUCAAGUGCUGCGAAUGCAAGCUGGCCCUGGAGUCCGAACUCACUUGCUUCGCCAAGGACGGCAGCAUUUACUGCAAGGAUGAUUACUACAGGAGAUUUUCUGUGCAACGCUGCUCCCGCUGCCACCUCGGGAUCUCUGCUUCUGAAAUGGUUAUGCGUGCCAGGGACUCGGUCUAUCAUUUGAGUUGUUUCACGUGUAUGACUUGCAACAAAACAUUAACCACGGGCGAUCACUUUGGCAUGAAAGAUAACCUGGUCUACUGCAGAGUUCACUUCGAGUCGCUGGUGCAGAGUGAUUAUCACACGCAACUGAACUACACGGAGCUCGCUGCAAAGAGCGGGGGCCUCGGAUUACCUUAUUUCAACGGGACAGGCACCGUGCAGAAAGGCCGGCCCCGGAAAAGAAAAAGCCCUGCCCUAGGAGUUGACAUCCCAACUUACAACCAAGGCUGCAAUGAGAACGACGCUGACCACUUGGACAGGGAACAACAGUCCUACCCGCCGACCCAGAAAACCAAGCGAAUGCGCACCUCCUUCAAGCACCACCAGCUCCGCACCAUGAAGUCCUACUUCGCCAUAAACCACAACCCAGACGCGAAAGACUUAAAGCAACUCGCUCAGAAAACUGGGCUCACCAAAAGAGUUUUGCAGGUUUGGUUUCAAAACGCAAGAGCCAAAUUCAGAAGGAACCUUUUGCGACAAGAGAAUGGGGGUGGUGAUAAAGCUGACGGGACAGCACUGCCCGCCCCGCCCCCAGCAGAGAGGUCCGGCGCCGCACUCAGUCCGGGCAGCACCUCGACCACUUUAACAGACUUGACCAAUCCCACUCUGUCAGUAGUAUCGUCAGUGACCACUAACCUGGACGCGCACGAAUCCGGGAGUCCUUCACAAACUACCUUAACGAACCUUUUCUAACAUUUUUAGCAGAUUCCUUUACAACAGAGAGAGAGAGAGAGAAAACAAAUCCCUGGGAAGUUAAAAAAAAACAAAUCCUGUUUGUUGUGUAGGAUGAUUUUGUUAAAUAACUGAUAUGAAUAUAUAUAUUUUUUGUUUAUUGACGAAUUCUAGUUUACAACAGUAGAGAACAAAACAGUUUACACAAAUAGAAAUCAAUGUCAAUGGAUUGUGCAGUGGUGACUGCGCUUGGAAUAUAAUCCCAUUUCCAACUAUAUCUUCCUUCAGACUUUCACUUUCCUCUACACUGGUCAUACAAACAUACUCCUGUUUUCUUCACCUCUGCUCAAAGUGCUCACCUUUUGUUAACGAGGCCUCUGCAUUGCAGGCUUGUGUUUUAGGGAGAGGGCUUUUUUAAACAGAGACAAUUUCAUGCGCACUCACCAGUUACCGCCUAUCCAGCCUCUAUUCCGCGUUUAUUGUCAUGUGUUCGGUACCGACAUUAAUACAAUAAAUCUGGCCAAGAUUAUUCAAACAAAAACACGCGUUCUUUGGAAGAACGGAACAUGAUACAGGAUCUUUUUUAGCGAGUGAGGUCCAUCGCAGCUUUAUCACGUGCCUUACGAUAUUACUGAAGAAAAUUUGUGACGUGUUUCCUUGUUUGGAGAGAGAGAGAGAAAAUAAAUCCCUUCUGACACCUCACAAGUUUUGUAUUGUUACCUCUUUUUCUGAAAACUUUUUUUUUUGGGGGGAAAACUGUUUUUGAAAAGAAAAGAAACGGCAUUUGCAUUUGUCCUUCAAGGCAAAUAUGAACACUGUCUCACUAGGAUAGUUGGUAUUCCCGAUGUUAAGUACUGCAAAGUACGUUCGAGGUCCUUCUGUUGAUUUUCGUGUUUAUGAUUAGUACAGUAAGUGGUUUUGAUGAGAUUGUUGAUGUUACUUUGUUUUUAACAUGAAUACACUGUACAGGCGCGUUGUCCCCUUAAAUAUUUAUGGACCAAACGUUUGUGAUAUCUUAUUAAAAGUGUGUGAUUAAACCAGUUUGUUUGAU